AAAGAUCCAGAUUACCUGAAGCUAUGGCUGGAUAGCUUUGUUUCUAGCUAUGAGCAGUUUCUGGAUGUGGACUUUGAGAAGCUGCCAACUAGGGUGGAUGACAUUCCUCCAGGAAUAUCACUGCUUCCUGAUAACAUUCUUCAGGUCCUCAGGCUUCAGCUGCUACAGUGUGUCCAGAAAAUGUCAGAUGGACUAGAAGAGCAGCAGCAAGCUCUCUCACUUUUACUUGUGAAAUUCUUUAUCAUCCUUUGCAGAAAUUUGGCUAAUGUGGAAGAGAUUGGGAUGUGUUCAUACAUUAACCAUGUUAUCACCAUGACUACGUUAUACAUUCAACAGUUAAAAAGCAAAACAAAAGAAAAAGAACUGGCAGAUCAGACCCCCAUAGAAGAAUUUGUGCGACAUGCAUUGGCUUUUUGUGAAAGUCUCUACGAUCCAUAUCGAAACUGGAGGCAGCGAAUUGCAGGGCGUUUCCUUAGUACGGUUGAGAAGAGCAGACAGAAGUAUAAACCAGCUUCCCUCACUGUUGAGUUUGUCCCUUUUUUUUACCAAUGCUUUCAAGAAAGUGAACAUCUCAAGGAAAGCCUAAAAUGUUGCCUGUUACAUCUUUUUGGAGCUAUUGUGGCUGGUGGUCAGAGGAAUGCUCUUCAAGCAGUAUCUCCUGCCACCAUGGAAGUCUUGAUGCGUGUUUUGGCAGACUGUGAUAACUGGGAUGACAGGAACCCUGAGGAAGUGAGCAGGAAGGCAGAGCUGACUCUGAAGUGCCUGACGGAAGUUGUCCAUAUCCUUCUAACCAGCAGUUCUGACCAGCGGCAAGUGGAGACAAGUACAAUAUUGGAGAACUAUUUCAAGUUGCUUAAUUCAGACCAUUCAGCUUUACCUAAUCCAAGGCGAUGCAGGCAGUGGGAGAGCAGGUUCAUAGCACUACAGAUACAAAUGCUGAAUACCAUCACAGCCAUGUUAGACUGCACAGAUAGGCCUGUUCUGCAGGCAAUUUUCCUUAACAGUAACUGCUUUGAGCAUCUCAUUCGACUGUUGCAGAACUGCAAGCUGUUUUUAAAUGCUAACAAUAAAGUGGCAGACAAGAGUGAGAAAGACCUUGCCAACAAAUUACUGACAGAAAUGAAUGAGGACCAGGUGUUUCAGGGGUACCUAGACCGCUUGGCAGUAUCAACCAUUCAAGCCCUCACAGCAGUAAUGCACAAUUCUCCGGCUGCUAAGGAGGUCUUCAAGGAGAGGAUUGGUUAUGCACACAUAUAUGAAGUGCUGAAAUCGCUGGGUCAGCCCUCACGGGAGUUGCUGGAAGAACUCAUGAAUAUGGCUGUUGAAGGUGACCACAUGGCUGUUGGGAUACUAGGCAUAAGUAAUGUCCAGCCCUUACUGCUGCUUAUCCAGUGGCUUCCAGAAUUAGAAUCACAUGACCUGCAGAUUUUCAUCUCAAAUUGGUUGAGGCGAAUCUGUUGUAUCAACAGACAGAGUCGUGCCACGUGUGUCAAUGCGAACAUGGUCAUCCGUAUCAUUGAGACACUGAAGUCCCACUCUGCGCUGCACUGUACUUGUGCAGAGAACCUGAUUGCCCUUCUGGGCUCUUUGGGGAGCCAGUCAAUGGGCUCAGAAGAACUGCUUCAACUAAUACGGCUCCUGAGGACUGAGGAACCAAAACGAGCUCACCCUUAUGUUGUUCCAGUGAUGCGAGCCAUGCUGGCCAUGGCCAGGAAGCAGGGCAUGGCUAGUGCUUUGCAGUAUUUCAACUUGUACCACAGCAUGGCUGGAAUUGCAGUUCCAUCAAUUCAUAAGUGGCCAGGCUCUGCAUUUUCUUUCAACGCCUGGCUCUGCCUUGACCAGGACCGGGUGGACCCUAGCACAACUAGCAAAAGUGGCAAGAGGAAGCAACUAUAUAGCUUUUUUACAGGAAGUGGUAUGGGUUUUGAAGCAUUUAUUACAUACUCUGGGGUAUUGGUGGUUGCAGUUUGCACGAAGAGGGAAUAUGCAACAGUGAUGCUGCCUGACCAUUGUUUUUUUGACUCUCUCUGGCACAACAUAACUAUUGUUCACAUGCCUGGAAAGAGGCCCUUUGGUCAGAGCCUUGUGUACAUCUAUGUCAAUGGACAGCAGAAGGUCUCUGCCCCACUUCGAUUCCCUGCCAUGAAUGAAUCUUUUACUUCUUGCUGCAUUGGUUCAGCUGGUCAAAGAACAACAACUCCUCCUCCAUCUCAGAUACCAGAUCCGCCUUUUUCCUCCCCCAUUAUGCCCCCUCGGACAUCACUUGGGGGCAUUCUCUCUACGGGAAGUUGGGGUGGGAUGCUUGGAAAACCAGAGCUCAUCACCAAGAUGAUCUCAGCAGGGACUCAGGACAGUGAAUGGGGAUGUCCAACAUCUUUGGAGGGCCAACUUGGGUCGGUUAUCAUCUUUCAUGAAGCACUGCAACCUCCUCAGGUGAAAGCAUUAUAUUUAGCAG